GCUGUUAAAUCUUUUAAGGUUGUUCUGCACCAGCCUUUUGAAGUAUUUAACUGCUUAAAUUCUUAAUUCCUAUUAUGGGGCUUGUUAAGUCAAAUAAAAACCUUACCGUUCCCAUUAAGGCCGGGGAAUUUCAACUUCUCUUGAUCUAUUCGAACGAAGAAGCUAAAUAGUUUGCAUAGUUGUUGUCUUUGCUUAUUACCAUCAAAGUUGCUGUAGUUAAGGGCGGCAGGUGGAGCACUAGCAGGGCUUCUCCUCUCACCGGAGCACAUAAGGUCAUCUUCGUCCCCCACUUCCAGCUCCAGACGCAGCUUGCUGUUCAGCCAAUCAUCGAGCAGAGCCUGAGCUGCAAGACAUUCUUGUUCAGUGUGCCGCUGCUGCAGAGGCUCCACUCCAUUAUAUAGGUAACACCUCUCCAGAGACACCUAUUAUUAUUUCUUUAAAGGCUGACCUACCUUCACUAUAAGCGUCAUCAUGAUCUCUUAACUGCUCAGAGCUUUGUAGAGAUUCAGCUUGGCUCGUUUUUCCUGAACGAGGUUUCUUGUGGGUGAAGACUUCCGAUACAGCAAACUCUGAAGCAGCCUCAACGCGCUGAGGACGAGUGAAUAAUGAUUAUUAUCAUGAUCUGAUUAUAGUCAAUAGUUUGGUCAAUGCACAUCAAUCAAAGGGGACAUAUUUAAAUAGCUUUUUUCCAAAACCACACACAGGCAAGCUCUUCUCACCUUCCUCCACUGAUCGAUAUCAUCUAUCUUCACAUGCUUCUGUUAUAGGAACAAAAGAUAAUUGGAAGUGUGAACUGAUAGUUCAAGAUAGAGUGCAGGGCCAAGCAAACAGACCCCAUAAUUCAUCAAAUAAUGUAUAGAAGGAUCUAAAAUAGGUAGAAAGCGUCAUAAAGAGACUCAAUGUGAUUGCUUCUAAAUCAUUCAUUCAAUUAUUUACAAAUGUGUACCUAUUUUGCAAAGUCUAACUCACUUAUUUGUAGUGUGUGUGUUUAUUGUUAUAACAGUUUUUAUGCUCCCCUCUUUGCCAGGUAACUCUUGAAAAAGAACUUAGACUCAUGAGACUUUGACCGGGUUAAAUAAAGGAUAACCUAUAAAUAUAUGGACACCUUGAGCUGUGGGAGCAGCGUGGAAAUUGAGGGCUCAGCCAAUGCCUGAUGUCUUCGCCUGCGGAUUAUUUUUCAGAAAGCUUAGCCACUGCCUUAAAUCUGCAGAUUAUUGCCGAAUCAUUUCCCAGACUUCCAAAACUCUGUGCUUUACUAUUAGCAAUUCAGCUAUCCCUGUCUCGUCCUGCAGACAUAUGGAGCUAGAUGCAUGUGAGAGGGGCCAUCUAUAGGACAUUUCGGAACCGUCCCCUGACAUGAGACAUGUUCAAUACAUAGUAUUACGUGCUUCUGCUUUAUUCAUCAAUCCAAUUUUUUACAAUUAUGUUUUUAUCUCUGUAGGGAUUUAAUCAUCCUGAGGAAAGUCUUAAAAAUUGAGAAUCAUAACAUGUAAUUGAAAAGUGUUGAUGUGAGCUUGAAUGGAUUAUCAGUUCACUUUUUAGAAGCCCUACACCUUUUAAUUCAACAUAAAUCCAGAGACCAAACUUACCUUGUCUGCAGUUUUACCCUUGCUCAGGCUCCUCCACCUAAACAGGUGAGGGUUGGGACCUGGGGAUGUCAUUACCUGUUUAAUGAUAGAUAUUUACCGCUGCUACUAUACCACAAUCUCAACCAUCAUAGCAUAGUUUACAAACAGCUGCAAAAGGUAACUAUUUGACUGUUUUUAUGCUAACUAAAAGUGCUCAGAAGUCGUCACAAAGAAAACGCAAGACCUGUACACAACCGCUAUCGAGAGGACCACAUGUCAUUCUGGGUAAUGUAGUCAAAUAACAAUUGAUGUAUGCUACAUGUCCCGUAAACAAAGCAUGUUAGGACUACAUCGCCCACUACGCUGUUUGUAGUUCUUGGUAACCAUAGCAACAUUGUUUCCCUCUACACAGGAGCCACAUUUACGUUUAGAUUAUGAUAAAACUUACAAAUACAGUUCUAGAAAAUCUAAAACUCUGCUCAUUUACAUGUUUUAUUGUUACAUUUGAGUUUUUGUUCGAAAAGGGGGGAUAUUGUAGUUUUUCUAAGUUACGCCGCGACUGGUAAUGACGUCAUAUUCAGGCGACUUGUAGUCUCUGUGGAGUGUCGUAGGUAAGCGAAUGAAAGCUGCUCUUAAAUUAAACACUUAUACAAUUGAAACCAGCACAACAGUGAUACGUAGGGCUUAUUAUUCUCUCUUAAACAGCGGUUUUCAUUUUAAUUCAACGAAAAGGUAAAUAAAGUAUCACGUGAUUAGUUAAGCUAGUUAGCUACGUGGCUAAUUCACGUGUGUUUGCGAGCCGCUGUUUUCAAACUCGUGGUGCUUCCACGUCCGGUGUAUGGCUGGCAGCAGGAUGAAGCUGGAGCUGUCCCGUGUGGUGCUGGAGAAAGGUCGUCUGGGGGUCCUGAAGGGGCUCGGUAAGACGGGGCAGCUCUCUCUGGAGGUCCCGGGGUGUCUGCUGCACACACACCUGGGCACCGUGCCCCACCUCACCCAGGACACCCUAUACACCCUGAGCACCCUGCCCUCUGUCACCCAGGUCACACUGUCCAAUAUAGCAGAGCACCAGGAAGUGUUGGAGGAGUUCAAGGAUGGGUUCAGGAAGUUUGCAGGUCUUCAUGACACUGUGUUGUACUGCGCGCUCCACGAUCCUGCGACCCUCUGCCCCACAGGUUACACUACUAACAAGACGGUGUCAGUGUGGGGCAGUGGUGGACGGAUUGAAAUGACGGUGGCCAAGUUCAUGGCCCUCCAGAAGGCCGUGAAGCCAGACUGGUACCAGAGCAUGGCGGACGGAGAGACGUGGCAAACCAACACCUCCCGCAAAAGGGUCAGAAAGUCGGUGGAUCGCUCCCUCGCCCACCUGGAUGAGUGUCUGCUGGCUCACCAAAAAUCUGAGGAGUUGGAGGGCGUGGAGGUGUUUGGGGUUGUGGAGGGUGGAGACAUCUUGGAGGAGAGGGUGCGCUCGGCCAAGGAGACGGCUAAGAGGCCUGUCUCCGGGUUCUGUGUGGACGGCCUGCAGACGGGCUCCAUGGACCAGGCUCUGAGGACCCAGCUCCUCAGCGCUGUGACCAAAGAGCUGCCUGAGGACAAACCCAGGCUGCUGCAGGGCGUAGGGCGACCUGAUGAGGUGCUGGUGUGCGUGGAGGCCGGCGUGGAUCUGUUCGAGGGCUUCUUCCCCUUCCAGGUGACGGAGCGAGGCUGCGCUCUGAGCUUCAGCUUCAACAUCUCCCCGGACCCAGAGCUCGCAGGUAGAGCGCCCCCCGCAGUGCUAGGUGAACACCAGGACACGGCAGGGGACACGCAACGCAACGGAGAUCUGAGUCCUGGCGAUCAAACGCAGAGGACUCCCUUUGAGAUGGAUCUGAAAGACAAGAGGUACCAGGGCGACUUCGGGCCCCUGGUGGAGGGGUGUGGCUGCUACUGCUGCAAGAACCACCAGAGGGCGUACCUGCACCACCUGCUGGUGACCAAUGAGCUGCUGGCUGGAGUCCUGCUCAUGAUCCACAACACGGCCCACUAUCACGCCUUCUUCGGCGCCCUGAGAGACGCUCUCGCCGAGGAUAAACUGGACCUCCUCAAAAGACGGGUACUUGGGCAGACAGAGGGAAAGCACUGAGGCUAAUAAAUCCUAAUGAUAGGGGAGCGAUUGAUCCUGCUGUCCCUCUCGAGGAUCACUCCACUGACUUGUCCAGAUGCAAUCACAGCUCCCUGCAGAGACCCUUCACAUGUCACUGAAGUCGUAUCUCUGAAGCAAAAAGAGGGGGAUCAAAAGAUGUUAAGACAGCCGUUUGAUGUUUGUCCCGUGGGUUUGUGUUCUGGUUUCACACCAAGAGGUGCGCUGGGUAUUGAUCUGGGCAGGAGAUGGAGAAGAGCCAGAUAGGAGGAGAGGGAUUUGCAUAAAGAGAGAAAUGUGUGGAUGGAUGUUGUCUAGAUCGACUAUGACCAAGUGCCUCCUGUUGUGGUCGGAUUACAGGGCAGCACAUGACUGAUAUCUUCUGGACUCAUUGACAUAGCAGCUAAGAAUCCACUUGUGUGAGGGGGGUGGGUUACCAAAAUAGAUCUCCUGUUAUUAAUAGACCAUGUGUAGAGAUUUCUUCAGGCUUUCCGUCCUGUCAUUCUUCAUUGAUCUGUCAUUAUGCAGCGUUUGUUCACCACGAGCGUCUUCAUGGCGUACGUCAAACCCGCUUUCUAACCAGUAUGUACGCUGACGUGUGCCACAUUAAACGCCCGGCUCUCAACACGCA